UCCACCCCCCGGGGCCGGCCCGGGAGCGAGCCAAGAGCCGAGAGGAUGGAGGAGAAGUACCUGCCCGAGCUGAUGGCGGAGAAGGACUCCCUGGACCCCUCCUUCACUCACGCGCUGCGGCUGGUGAACCAAGAAAUUGAGAAGUUCCAAAAAGGAGAAAGCAAGGAAGAGGAAAAGUACAUUGAUGUUGUGAUUAAUAAGAACAUGAAACUGGGGCAGAAAGUGUUAAUUCCUGUAAAACAAUUCCCCAAGUUUAACUUCGUUGGAAAGCUUUUGGGUCCACGUGGCAAUUCACUAAAGCGUUUACAGGAAGAAACUUUGACCAAAAUGUCCAUUCUUGGAAAAGGUUCCAUGAGAGACAAAGCAAAGGAAGAAGAAUUGAGGAAAAGUGGAGAAGCAAAGUACUUCCACCUAAAUGAUGAUCUGCAUGUUCUCAUUGAAGUUUUUGCCCCUCCAGCAGAAGCAUAUGCUCGAAUGGGACAUGCUUUGGAAGAAAUUAAGAAGUUUCUCAUUCCUGAUUAUAAUGAUGAAAUCAGGCAAGCACAGCUCCAAGAACUGACAUAUUUAAAUGGUGGUUCAGAAAAUACAGAUGUUCCUGUGGUUCGUGGAAAACCACCAAUGCGAACACGAGGAGUGCCAGCUCCUGCAUUAUCCAGGGGAAGGGGAGGUGUUGCACCCCGGCCAGCAGGUGUACCAAGAGGUGCACCAGCCCCGAGAGGAGUACCUCCCAGUCGAGGCCCAGUCAGCCGUGGCAGAGGACUUCUUACCCCAAGAGCAAGAGGAGUCCCCCCAACAGGAUACCGGCCUCCUCCCCCACCACCAACACAAGAGACAUAUGGAGAAUAUGAGUAUGAUGAUGGAUACGGCACAGCUUAUGAUGAGCAAAGUUAUGAUUCCUAUGAUAACAGCUAUAGUACACCAGCACAAAGUGGUGCUGAUUACUAUGAUUAUGGGCAUGGACUUAGUGAGGAGACUUAUGAUUCAUAUGGACAAGAAGAGUGGACUAACUCAAGACAUAAGGCACCUUCAUCAAGGACAACAAAGGGAAUCUACAGAGACCAGCCAUAUGCCAGAUACUGAUUGUACUGUCUGAUGUUGUGAAAUAUCCAAUCUCCACCAGUCCUGUAUACUGUUCAAAGUAAUUUUUUUCUAUGAACAAUCCCUUUUUAAUAAAUCAAAGCGCUUAAAAUCUGAAUGGAUGGACUGAACUUAAAACUACUUUGUUGAAACAACAACCUGGGCAGAAAGACAUGUAAAACAAGGAACUUUGUUAUUGCCAGUCUGUAUAUGACAAAUAGGAGAUCAAAAGGAAAAAAAAAAUAACCUUUGAUUAACUAGUGUUAAACAAAAAUUAGGUUACUAAACAUGUUAAUCCAUCCUUUUAACAUAAGCCUCACCUUUCCUUUUAAAGGUUGUCCACAGAAUUUAGUUCUAUCUUUCAACCAUAUGCUAGUUUUUUCUCUUGCAAAGAUGUGUAAAAAGGGAAGCCAAUUACAAAUGCAAAUAAUGUGGUAUUCUUUUGUAACUCAAGUCUUGAAAUGUUCUGUAGUGUUAAGCAAAGUCUCUUCUUGCUUGAUACUAAAUAAACUUUUGAAAGAAAA